AUGUCUACAAAGGACGGGGGACCCGUAAUAUGCAAUGGCUGCAAUUCUGCAAUCCAGGGAAGAAUAGUCACAGCACUGAACAAAAAGUGGCAUCCCGAGCACUUCACAUGCAACACCUGUCGCAAGCCCAUCGACGGGGCCAAGUUCCACCAGCACGACGGCGGAGUGCACUGCGUGCCGUGCUACACGCAGUUCCACAGCCCGAGGUGCCAUGGCUGCGGCGACCCCAUCACUGAUCGCGUGAUCCAAGCGUUGGGUGUGUCGUGGCACGCGCACCACUUCGUGUGCGGCGGCUGCAUGAAGGAGUUGGGCGGGGGCGGCUUUAUGGAGCAGGCGGGCCGUCCCUACUGCUCGUCGUGCUACGCGGACAAGUUCGCGCCGCGCUGCGCGGGCUGCGCCACGCCUAUAGUCGACAAGGCCAUCAUCGCGCUCGACAACAAGUGGCAUCGCGAGUGUUUCACGUGCACUAAAUGCCGAAACCCAGUCACCGACUCAACUUUCUCAGUACUGGACAACAAGCCACUUUGCGGCAAAUGCGCA